AGGGUUUUCAUGCUCUCUUUUAGAAGCUUUGUACUAAGCUGCGCUUCUUUUUUAUAUGAAGUUUCUGGUUUUGGGUUUUGCGAAUGGCAAUCGUUGACAAGCCACAUGCUGACGUUGGAGAAGGAAGUCAUCGUCGUUCCGUGGACAGUAACGAAGGAGGGAGUGAGGGCAGCUUAUGCUUCUCCGAUGCUGAUGACCGGUCGUGGCAUUCCCCGUUUAAUUCUACCGUAGAUGAGUCAUACGAUGAGUAUAGGUUCUCUUCCGUCUCCAAUCCCAAGAUUGGGGGUGUUUCAGACCAGCGGAGGAACUCAUGCGUGUCGGAUUGCUCGGUAGAGGUGGAUGUGGAGGCUGGAGCUCCAGAGGUUAAGGUACAUUUGGCUACCAAAGUGGAGAAGGAUUGCCGGAUUUGUCAUAUGAGCUUGGACACUGUUAAUCACGAAUCAGGGAUUCCUAUCGAAUUGGGUUGUUCAUGCAAGGAAGAUUUGGCUGCGGCGCACAAGCAAUGCGCAGAGGCCUGGUUCAAAAUAAAAGGAAACAAGACCUGUGAAAUCUGUGGUGCAACUGCACAGAAUGUUGUUGGUGUAAAUGAGAACCAGUUUAUGGAGCAAUGGAAUGAGACAAACACCGCAACGGCCACAGCAGGAUCAGCAGCAACUGCUCCUCUCACAGAGAACCGAAGCUUCUGUCAUGGUCAUCGCUUCCUGAAUUUCUUGCUUGCUUGCAUGGUAUUUGCCUUUGUAAUCUCUUGGCUCUUUCACUUCAACAUGCAAUCGUGAAAUCCUGUAAAUGGGAUUCCAACAAUCUUUUGCUAUGAUGGAUGAGGAGGAGCAACUGGCAAGCAAAGCCUGAAGCUUCAUUGUGUUUGUAGCAUGUGAGGUACCUAGCUUACUUCCUAUAUAAUACCAAAUAGCCCUUUUGCAUCACUGAGCAAAGGGGUACCUACUCAUAUAUUUAUACGUUUGUACUUUAUCAUCAAUAGCUUAAGAAGAGGUUGGCCAGCCAUGGAAUCAAGAGAACCUAAAUUGUACAUGUACAAU